AUGGCCCAGGUUUGUUAAUUAUUCAUUUGUUUUUUCUUUACCCUGGUGUCAAGAUUUUCUAAAUUGGUCGCUUUGAACGGGGAACAUACAUUUCGUACUAUUUAUUGAUUUAGCUUUUCAAAAAUAAUUUCGUAAUGAAAUCAGAAAUUUCAUAACUACAUAUUGUUUCUAGGUUAGUGGUGUUAUGACUCAUUCUCUCAAAAUCUGUAAUUUCGUUCAAAAACCUCAAAAAGUAAAAAGAAACAAAAAUAAUUAAUUGUGAGAGAGCACACAAAAAUGAGAGAGACAGACUGAAAUUUUGAAAAGUGUGCGUACACAGCGACGAACAAUUGCACACAUUCGCAGCACCGAAUUUUUUUUUGCAAAAAGUUUUGGAUUUUUCAGCUUUUUUUCUGAAGUAGAAAGGUUAUUGACCUGAAAUUAUUGGAUAUUCAGCUAAAAAUAGAAAUUUUCAACGUGGCCUCAAUUUUGAAAUUUCAUUUUCAGAAAAAAAAAAUCAGAUCUCUCUCAUUUCAAAAUAUGAAAUGAAUUUUUACGAUUUGAACUUAUUUUUUUAGACGUGACCCAUUUUUCAGAAAAAAUUAUUUUUUUCAAUUAAAAAAAAACACAUUUUUAAUUUCAGGUCGACGUCAAUUCUGGCGCCUAUAACCAAGAAGGGGACUAUGAUGAAGACAACUCGUCCGCCCGUCUUUUCGAACGAUCACGAAUUCGCGCUCUUGCCGGUUAGUUUCUCAACUAAACUUUACUUCUUGAACUUUAUUUCUCAAAUAUGCAUAUAAGUGUCAAAAACACCUCAAAUACUCAAUUUUGGCGAAAAUCAAUAGAUAAGACAACAAUCUGAUAAACACAAACAUUUUCACUCACUUCUUCUCUUUGUGUCAGACUAAAAUUGUCCUUCUAUGGUGACAACUAGAACCAGCGCAGAUACUCUUGAUCCAUUCUGUGGUCGGAGUAGCAAUGCGACCACUGUUGAUUUUAGAUUCAAGAGUUUGAGAGGUUUAUUAUUCGCAGGGUUUGAGUUUCAACAAAAUCAAUGAAUUUUUUCAGAGGAGCGUGAGUUUGUGCAGAAGAAAACGUUCACAAAAUGGGUCAACUCUCACUUGGUUCGUGUCAGCUGCAAAGUUCAAGAUCUCUAUAUGGAUAUGCGCGAUGGUAAAAUGUUACUCCGACUGCUUACUGUUCUUUCCGGCGAACGCCUGGUAAGUUAAAAAUCAAGAUAAUCGGGAGCUCCUUCAAUAAAAUUUGUAAAUUUUUAGCCGAAGCCAACGCCUGGAAAGAUGAGAAUUCAUUGUCUGGAGAAUGUCGACAAGGGUUUACAAUUUUUGCGAAAUCAACAUGUGCAUUUAGAAAAUUUGGGUUCACAUGAUAUUGUUGAUGGAAAUCCACGCCUGACACUUGGUCUCAUUUGGACGAUUAUUUUGCGAUUCCAAAUUCAAGACAUCACUUUCGAAGAUGCGGAUAAUCACGAGACAAGAUCUGCCAAGGAAGCAUUGCUUCUUUGGUGUCAAAUGAAGACAGCUGGUUAUCCAAAUGUCAAUGUCAAAAACUUUAGUACUAGUUGGAGAGAUGGAUUGGCGUUCAAUGCGCUUAUUCAUAAACAUAGACCGGAUUUAGUGGAUUAUGAUAAUCUUCAAAAAUCGAACGCUUUAUACAAUUUGCAAAGUGCUUUCGAUACCGCUGAAAAUCAAUUGGGAUUGCCGAAAUUCCUUGAUGCGGAAGAUGUGAAUGUAGAUCAACCAGAUGAGAAAUCCAUCAUUACCUAUGUUGUUACUUAUUAUCAUUAUUUCAACAAAAUGAAACAAGAUAAUAUUCAAGGAAAACGUAUUGGAAAAGUUAUCAAUGAGUUGAUGGAAAAUGAUAAAAUGAUCAAUAGAUAUGAAACAUUAUCAUCUGAUUUAUUAGAAUGGAUUAAUGCUAAAAUCGAAUUGUUGAACGAUAGAAAAUUCGAAAAUUCGUUGGAAGGAGUUCAACGACAAUUAACUGAAUUCAAUGAUUAUAGAACACAAGAAAAACCACCAAAGUUCGAUGAAAAAGGUGAACUUGAAGUUCUCCUUUUCACACUUCAAUCUGCAAUGAGAGCUAAUAAUCAAAGAGCUUUUGUGCCAAGAGAAGGAAAAUUGAUUGCUGAUAUUAAUCGAGCUUGGCAAGCUUUGGAAAAAGCUGAACAUGAGAAAGAACUUGCAUUGAAGGAAGAAUUGAUUAGACAAGAAAAACUCGAACAAUUGGCUGCUCGAUUCAAUAGAAAGGCUGAAAUGAGAGAGACUUGGUUGACUGAAAAUCAACGACUUGUUAGCCAAGAUAACUUUGGAAAUGAUCUUUCUUCGGUUGAAGCUGCUACCAAGAAACAUGAAGCUAUUGAAACCGAUAUUUUCGCUUAUGAAGAACGUGUUCAAGCUGUUGUUGCAGUUGCUGGUGAACUUGAAGCUGAAAAUUAUCAUGAUCAAGCAAAGAUUAAUGAAAGAAAGGAGAAUGUUUUGAAAUUGUGGAAUUAUUUGUUCCAAUUGCUUCUUGCAAGAAGAGUUCGUUUGGAAUUAUCGAUGGCUAUUCAAAAGAUUUUCCAUGAUAUGCUUCUCACUUUGGAUUUGAUGGAUGAUAUCAAGAAGAGAUUGUUGAGUGAAGAUUUGGGAGCUCAUUUGAUGGAUGUUGAAGAUUUAUUGCAAAAACAUAAUCUUCUCGAAUCCGAUAUCAAUAUUAUCGGUGAUCGAGUUAGAAAUGCUGUUGCUCAAUCGGAGAAAUUCAGAAAUCCAGAUGGUCCAGAUGGAAGUGGAUAUCAACCAGUUGAACCAUCGACAAUUGAUGAAAGAUGCGAUAUUCUCCAAAAAAGAUAUCAAGAAUUGCUCGAUCUUGCCGCUGAACGCAAAAAGCGUUUGGAAGACAACAAAAGAUUGUGCCAAUUCUGGUGGGAUGUUGCUGAAUUGGAACAUGGAAUCAAAGAACAAGAGCAAGUUCUUUCAUCAAAUGAUACUGGAAAAGAUAUUGUUACCGUAUCCCAUUUGUUGGCCAAACACAAGAAUGCUGAAAAUAAUUUGAGAGAUCUUGAAAAACAAUUGAAUGGACUUGACAAAAGUGGACAAGAAUUGCAAGAUGAAAAUAUUCCAGGAUCUGAUAAUAUUCCACCAAGACUUCAAGAAAUCCGUGAUUAUAUCAAUAAACUCAAAGAUUUGUCUGGAGCCAGAAAAGAAAGACUUGUUGGAGGUGUUGAUUAUUAUCAAUUCUUCACUGAUGCUGAUGAUGUUGAUCGUUAUUUAUAUGACACUCUUCGUGUUAUGUCAUCUGAAGAUGUUGGAAAAGAUGAGGGAACUGUUCAAAUGCUCAUCAAAAAACACGAUGAUGUCAGCGAUGAAUUGCAAAACUUCGAAGAACAAAUCAAAGUUCUUCACGCCAAGGCUGAAAGUCUUCCACAAGAAGCAAGAGAACACCCAGAUAUUGUCAAGAGACUUGAUACAACUCUCAAACAAAAAGCCGAAUUGGAAAAUUUGGCAAAACUUCGCAAACAAAGACUCAUCGAUGCUUUGUCGCUUUACAAAUUGUAUUCGGAUGCCGAUUCUGUUGAAUCAUGGAUUGAUGAGAAGGGUAAACUAUUGGCUACCCUUGUUCCAGGAAGAGAUAUCGAAGAGGUAUGUUUUCAUUUAUUGAAAAAAAAAUAAUUUUGGUUUUAUUUUCAGGUCGAGAUCAUGAAACAUCGUUUCGAUACCUUGGAACAAGAUAUGAAAAAUCAAGAAGCUAAAGUUGCCAAUGUUAAUGAUUUGGCUAGACAACUUCUCAAUGUUGAACAUCCAAACUCUGAUGAUAUUCUUCAUCGUCAAAACAAACUCAAUGCGAGAUGGGCUCAACUUCGUGAUAUGGUUGAUCAAAAACGUAAUGAACUCGAAAGAGCACAUCGUCUUGAAACAUUCCGUAUUGAUUGUCAAGAAACUGUUACAUGGAUUGAAGAUAAGACAAGAGUUCUUGAAGAUUCGGAUGCUUUGACCAAUGAUUUGUCAGGAGUUAUGAAACUUCAACGUCGUUUGUCGAUGAUGGAAAGAGAUCUUGGAGCAAUUCAAGCAAAACUCGAUUCACUCCACAAAGAAGCGGAUGAUAUUGAAAGAGAAAGACCACAAGAAGCUCAAGCUAUUCGUGAAGAUAUUAAGAGAAUUCAUCAAGUUUGGGAUAUUCUUAAUAAGAAGGUUCGAGAACAUGAAGCUAAAUUGGACGAAGCUGGAGAUCUUCAAAGAUUCUUACGUGAUUUGGAUCACUUCCAAGCUUGGCUUACUGCAACUCAACGACAAGUUGCUUCCGAAGAAGAACCACAAUCAUUGGCUGAAGCUGAACAAUUGUUGAAUCAACAUGCUGCAAUUCGUGAAGAGAUUGAUGGAUAUGCUGAAGAUUAUAAAAAGAUGCGAGCAAUGGGAGAUCGUGUUACACAAGAUCAAACCGAUCCACAAUAUAUGUUCUUGCGUCAACGAUUGGCUGGACUUCAAGAAGGAUGGGAAGAACUUCAACGAAUGUGGGAUAAUAGACAACAUUUACUCUCACAAGGUUUGAAUCUUCAAAUGUUCCUUCGUGAUGCCAAACAAGCCGAAGUUAUGUUAUCUCAACAAGAAAACUAUUUGGCUAAAGAUGAAAUGCCACAAUCAUUGGAACAAGCUGAAAGUGCAUUAAAACGUCAUCAAGAUUUUAUGACAACUAUGGAUGCAAAUGAUGAUAAGAUUCGUGCGGUUGGUAUGUUUGGUGAUCAACUUUGUCAAGAUGGACAUUAUGCGGCUGAUAAGAUUCAUAAGAAAGCUAGAAAUAUUGAUGAAAGAAGAGGAGCCAAUAGAGAAAAGGCGCAAGAAGUUUUGAAGAAAUUGAAAGAUGCAUUGUCGCUUCAACAAUUCCUUUCGGAUUGUGAUGAAUUGCGAGAAUGGAUUGAGGAGAAGAUGAUUAGAGCUCAAGAUGAAACAUACAGAGAUGCCAAGACUAUCACUUCUAAAUUUGUUCGUCAUCAAGCAUUCCAAUCUGAAUUGGCUGCCAAUAAGGUUAGUUUUUAUUUUGAAAUUGAAAAAAAUAAAUAAAUUCGGAGUAUUUUUAGGAGCGCCUUGAUCAACUCAAACAUGCUGCUAUCAAUCUCGGAGAUGAUAAACCUGAAUAUCAUGGAACUAUUGAUCCACAAAUUGUUGAACUUGCCACCCAAUGGGAUGAACUUGAAAAGACAACUGAAGAAAAGGGACAAAAAUUGUUCGAUGCAAAUCGCCAACAAUUGUAUGUUCAAUCUAUUGCUGAUAUGAAAGAAUGGGCAACACAACUUGAAAAUGAGAUGACUCGAGAAGAUCAACCAGCUGAUCUUACAACUGUUAAUGUUGCUAUGCAGAAACAACAAAUGAUCGAAACUGAAAUGAUCAAGAAAGCUCAACAUAUUGAUCAACUUAUGGAAAUGGAACCACAAUUGGAAGAACUGCAUCCAGAAGAACUUGAGAAUAUUCGAGCACAUCGUUUGGCUGUUCAAGAACAAUUGCAAAGAUUGCAAGCACCAUUGGAUGAUAGAAGAAAGGCUUUGGAAAGAAAGAAGGCUGCAUUCCAAUUUGGAAGAGAUGUUGAUGAUGAAAAAUUGUGGAUUUCGGAAAGGCUUCAUUUGGCAAGAGCACAAAAUCUUGGAGAAAACUUGCCAGAUUGUCAUCGUUUGCAAAAGAAUUUGCAAUUGUUGUCAAAUGAAAUUGAUAAUCAUGAACCAUGGAUCAAUCAAAUUUGUGGAAAUGGUCAAGAACUUAUUGAUGAAGGACAUGCAAAUGGACCAGCAUUUGAAAAGAAGAUCCAGGAACUUCGAGCUGCUUGGCAAGAAUUGAAGGAUGCUGUGAAAGAGAGAAAGGGUGAUUUGGGAGAAAGUGAAAAAGCUCAUCAAUUCUUGUAUGAUUGUGGAGAAGCGGAGGCUUGGAUGAGUGAACAAGAAUUGUAUAUGAUGCAAGAUGAAAGAGGAAAAGAUGAAUUCUCGACAAAGAACCAAAUUAAGAAACAUGAAAGAUUGCAAAGUGAUAUUGACAAAUUCGCUGAUACUAUCAGAAAUUUGGCAACCAAGGCACAUAAAUUUGUUGAUGAAAAGAGCCCAUUGAGUGACCAGGUAAGAAAUGUUCAAUGAACUACAGUACUCAAUUAUAUUUUUUCCAGAUAACACUCCGUCAAGCUCAAAUCGAAAAACUCUACGCUGGACUUCAAGAUCUGUCAAAAGAGCGUAGAAAGAGACUCGAGAAACUUUCAAGAUCUUUGAGUCGUGAUCGCUGA